AUGAAGGUUAUCUCGACCCUCGUCUCCGCGUCCCUCCUCAUCGGCUCCGUGUCGGCCAUUCUCGGCGGCCAGAAGGUCCCGCAGGGCUCCAAGACGUACGUGACCGGACUCCGCUCCACCGUCGACCCCAAGUCCCCCGACGACUUCAGCUUCUGCGGCGGCGCGCUGAUCUCCCCCACCCACGUGCUCACGACCGCGUCGUGCACGACCACGGCCUCGGCCAACUUCGUGUCGGUGGGCGCGCACUACAUCAACGGCGGCGAGGACGGCGACGAGAUCAAGGUCGUCAAGGUACAGAACCACCCGCACUUCAACAAGGACACGCUGGCCAACGACUUUUCCGUGCUGACGCUGGCCAAGCCGAGCAAGUACAAGCCCGUGAAGCUGCCGGCCCCGGGUGGCGCGGACAUUCGCAGCGGCACGUGGUCGACGGCCAUGGGCUGGGGCCUCACUUCUGCCCCUCCUGACGGCAUGGGCGCUGAGGAGCUGCAGGCCCUGAGCCAGCAGGUCAUCAGCAACGACGCCUGCCGCAAGGCGCUCAAGGCCAACACCAUCGAUAUGUCGCACGUGUGCGCCGGUGGCGUGAAGGGCAAGUCCCCGUGCCAGGGCGACACCGGCGGCCCGUUCAUCAAGGAGAACGGCCGUGGUGACGCCGACGACAUUCUGAUCGGCCUCGUGAGCGGCGGCAGCUGCGGCGAGACCACCCCUGCCAUCUACUCGCGCGUGUCGUCCGCACUGCCGUGGAUCAACCAGGCCAUGAAGGUCAAGGCCAAGUAA